CAGACACAAAAUGGCGGCGGCCGCCGGGCCCCCCGCGCCCCUCGCGGGUCCGCCCUCCCGGGACCCCGGCGGGCCUUGACCCCCGAACCCCGGCCGGCCCUGACCCCCGAACCCCGGCGGGCCCUGACCCCCGAGCCCCGGCCGGCCCUGACCCCCGAACCCCGGCGGGCCCUGACCCCCCGAACCCCGGCCGGCCCUGACCCCCGAACCCCGGCGGGCCGUGAUCCCCCGAACCCCGGCCGGCCCUGACCCCCCGAACCCCGGCCGCUCCCGGAGCCCUCCGCGGAGCCUUCCGGGGGCCAUGGAGCGGCACGGCCCUGUCCACGCGCUGCCCGAAGGAAUCCGCAAGGAACCCUGCAGAAGAACACCCGAGUCUGUGCCGGUGUUGUCACUGCAGAUGCCCCGGGACCAGACAGUGUGCAAAUACUGUGGAAUCAGCUACCUGAUAUUCCACGAGUUUAAGGUGAUGGAAGACAAAGUGAAAGCAAUGGAGAAGGAGAUUAAAGUUUAUAAAGGAAGUCUAGAACGGGAGCAAAGGCUUCAGGCAGAAUUGCAGGCUCUUUACCACGACCUUGAGCGCUGUCGAGCUGAGAGUGAAUCCAAAACAGAAAGGAUAAAAACCCUAACAGUAGAACUUAAAACCAAGCAAGAGGAGGUGAAAAAUGUGAAAGCUGAUCUGCAGUAUUUCCAGGAGGAGAAGGAAGCUGCCUACAAGCAGUCACAGGUGCUCAGAAAUACCUUGGAACACCAUUGCUCAACUCUGAACAAGGCUGUCUCUCUGUUCCCUUUCAUUAGAAGUGAACUAGACAGUAUUAAAGAGGUCAUCUCCACCAACCUGGAGAACUUUGCUGCCAUGAAAGAAGAAAUUUCUCUGCAAAUAAAAGCYGUGAGCAAAGAAGCUCUGACAGAAAUACCCAAAUUGAAUCAAAGAUUGGCAAAAUCCCAGAGGGAGAAUGAGUGUCUCCAGGAGAAGGUCAAACACCUCACUGGGGUGGCUGACACAGUUGAGCUGAAAACUCAACAGCUCCAAACUUCCCUUCAGCAGGGGAACGAGCUCCAGAAUCGGUGCCGUGAGCUGCAGAAGGAAACUCUGGAUUUAACAAACCAGGUGGAGACAGCCGGCCUGCAGCUGCAGAAGGUGACAGCAGAGAUGGACCACUACAAGAAGCUUUUAUUGGUGAAGUCAGCAGAACUUGAUGUCUGCCAGAAUGAACUGAAAAAGAUCAAAUAUGAAAAUGGAAUUGCUGAGGCCAGACUUACAAAAGAGCUGAAGGAAAAGGARGAAUCCCUUCUCAUUUGCCAACAAGUCUGCAAACAUUUACAGGAGGAAGUGGCUGAGAAAGAGAGGAAAGAAGAAGAUCUGAAAAGAAGAACUGGGAGAUCAGAGAGUGAGCUGGAAGCCCUUAAAGCUCUCCUGAGCCAAGCAGAGCAGGAGGUGCUGAUGCUGAAACAGGAAAGGGAGCUGCUGCUGGUGUCCCAGCAGAGCAGGACGGAGCAGCUGCAGGAGGCGCUGAGGCAGAGGGUGCGCAGCGAGGACUCCUGGAGGGACAAGCUGGAAACAGAYCUGGCCAAAGGGGAGGCUCGGCACAAAGAAGCGAUUCUGAAAGUCAGGGAAGAAGCCAGAGUGGAGCUGGACCUGGAGAGACAAAAACAGCAGGAGCUGAUCACAAAAUAUCAGAGAGAGCACGAGGAGCUCCAGCACAAGAUCCCAGGUUUAAUAUCCAGUGCCACCAAGAGCUUGAGGAUGGAGACAGAAAUUCUGGAGAAGAAGCUCCAAGAGGCCCAGAUCAAACUGGCAGAGAAAGAUGGAGACAAGGAGAAAGAAAUCCAGAGCCUUAAAAGGCUCAUCAGYGAACUUGAAUUCCAGCUGACCAUGGAGAAGAGCAACAAUGAAUCAUUCCUGGACAAACUGAGGAAAGAAAUUAAGCACAAGUCAGAUGAACUGGAAAAAUUAACCCAGGAGAAGACACAGCUGAUUCACAGUUUGAGUCAAGUUCAAGAGGAGGUAGGAACAUGA